AUGCAUAGCGUACGACAGGCUUUCUAUGCCGCAUUUAUCAAAUCUUUUCUUAAGACAAAGUCGAUUUUAGAGAUCAUCAUCAAAUUCUGGAUUGCGCCCUCGACCAUCAAACGGAUCAAGGACGAAAAUGUUGAUGUAAAGGAGAUUUCACUGACGAAAGUCAAGAAGUUUUUAGACGAGGUUGAAGCUGCCUUUAAAGAUUCUACGACAGAGGCCUCCUUGUUGGCAUUAUCAGAUGGCUUGAGAAAAGAGUUCGCGGAGAGCUUAUUGGAAAAUCCACAAUGUAUGCUUCCUUCAUACAAUCAUCAAUUACCUAGUGGUCAUGAAUGUGGAACAUACCUUGCUCUAGACGUUGGGGGGUCGACUUUUCGAGUGGCUUUGAUUAAACUUGCUGGAAAAGGAUGUGAAGGGAAAGAGAUCGAGGUUAUUGGAUUGAAGUCUUUCAAGAUCAAAAAUGCUGAGAGACAGCUUGUCGGGGUACAGUUCUUCGAUUGGAUGGCAGAUCGAAUUGUCGACACUCUUUCCGGGGAAAAAGAAGAACAUGAAAUUUCACAGGCACCCUUAUCCAUGGGAUUAUCCUGGUCUUUUCCUAUUAAUCAAACAUCACUCAGGGGCGGUUCUCUCAUGAUCAUGGGCAAAGGAUUUUGUGCUGCCGAUGGAUUGAUUGGCAAAGACCUAGGCGACUUGAUUGAAGACUCUUGCCUGAAAAGAGGACUCAACGUUCAGUUGAAUGCCAUUGUGAACGACUCUUCAGCAACAUUACUUUCCAAAGCAUAUAUAGAUCCUACCACUCGUUUCGCAUUGAUCUUGGGAACUGGUUUGAAUGCUGCAGCUCAUCUUCCUGUCCACAUCUUUUCACAGCCAAAAUUUGGGAUCCGUCCUGCAUCUUGGCAUGAUUGCGCAAAACAUGUUAUUGUCAACACGGAACUCUCAAUGUUUGGUGGAAGUUAUCUUCCGUACACAAAGUGGGAUAAAACUUUGAAGGCAAAUCACCCUCGACCAGACUUUCAACCAUUUGAACAUUUCGCAAGUGGUGGAUAUAUAGGAGAAAUCGUACGAUUAAUAUUGAUUGAUGGGAUUCAGAGCGCAGGGCUAUUUGGAGGAGUGGUGCCUAUGAAUCUAAGGGAGAAAUACUCGCUAGAGACCGAAACUCUCUCAUACAUCGAAGCCGAUACAACUCCAUACCUCACUACUGCCAUAGAAAUAUUUACCACCCGUCACCCAUCCUCUCAUAUCCCCACCGAAGUCGAUCUUCGUGCUUUACGACUCAUAGCUUCCCUCGUAACUCUUCGAUCUAGCGGUCUCAUUGCUGCUGGUGUCCAUGCCCUCUGGCACAUGCGUAACAUAUCCGAAUUAAUCUCACCCGCCAACUCAACUCACACAGUCGUGGCUUACAAUGGCUCUGUGCUGGAGAAUUAUCCAGAAUUUCGAAAAAAUACACAAAAACAUAUUGAUAUGCUGGUAGAAGCAAGUGGUGCAAGAGGCAGUAUUGUGGAGUUAAUGUAUGCGGAGGAGAGUUCACUGUUGGGAGCGGCAGUCGCGGUAGCUUGCUGCAAUGCUUGA